AGGGGCUGGGCAGCGUGCGCGGCUGGGGUCACGCAUGCAGCGGGUCUGUAAGAUGAUCCCUCUGUGCCGAGCCAUCAGCCAUCCUCAGCACAGGGGCGCACUCACACACGCAUUCCUGUCAAGUCGUCUUGGGAAAGGCUGCUUGCUUCCAGCUUGGCUUGAAAGUGCAACCUUAAUAAAACUCACUGAAGCCUGAGAGAAAAUAGCAGUUCUGCAGCAGAUAGUGUAGGGGAAAGAGACUGGGAUAUGCGUAUGCAGCUGACUAAAGCAGGCUACAUGCUGGACUGGAACAGAGAGGAAACAAUAAAUCUUAGCUACUAUGCAAUAAAUAUCCCCAAUUUUAACUAAGGAAGCUAUCCUCACAGUGAAAUUAAAAAAAAAACAAAACAGUUUAUCCAAGCUUGAUUGUAAAAGUGUGCUACUCUGCUUCUUUUUCCAAAGACUUUAAGGGAAAUUCAGAACAAACUUAAAGAGGAAGAAAAAGUUUUUCUUAAAGCAGGAAAGCAAAGUAAUAAUAACAUGUCAGUUUUCUUUUCCUUUGCUUUCCUGGCAGUGGUUCUUGCUCUGGUAGGCUGUACUAACCAGCGGCGGGGUGCAGAAGGCAGUGGGAGAAGAUUCAGCCGCGUUCAGCACGGGCAGUGCACCUACACCUUCAUCCUGCCAGAACAGGACGGGAACUGUCGCGAAAGCACCACAGACCAGUACAACACAAACGCUCUUCAGAGAGAUGCUCCUCACGUGGAACAGGAUUUCUCUUCCCAGAAACUGCAACAUCUGGAACAUGUGAUGGAAAAUUACACUCAGUGGCUGCAAAAACUUGAGAACUACAUUGUGGAAAACAUGAAAUCAGAGAUGGUGCAGCUGCAGCAGAAUGCUGUGCAGAACCACACUGCUACCAUGCUGGAGAUAGGGACCAGCCUCCUCAGCCAGACCGCAGAGCAGACACGAAAACUCACGGAUGUUGAAACCCAGGUGCUAAAUCAAACAUCCAGACUUGAAAUCCAGCUACUGGAGAAUUCCCUGUCAACAUACAAGCUAGAAAAACAGCUGCUACAACAGACACAUGAAAUCCUAAAAAUUCAUGAGAAAAACAGUUUACUUGAGCACAGAGUUCUAGAAAUGGAAGAAAGGCACAAAGAGGAGCUGGCCACUUUGAAGGAGGAAAAAGAGAACCUACAAAGCUUAGUCACACGACAAAGCUACAUAAUCCAGGAACUAGAGAAGCAGUUAAACAAGGCAACAAGCAAUAACAGUGUCCUGCAGAAACAGCAGCUUGAAUUGAUGGAUACAGUUCACACCCUGAUCACCCUCUGCUCCAAGGAAGGAGUUUUACUAAAGAAUGCAAAAAAGGAAGAGGAAAAGCCAUUCAGAGAUUGUGCAGAUGUAUAUCAGUCUGGUUUUAACAAAAGUGGGGUCUACACUAUUUAUAUUAACAAUGUGUCAGAUCCCAAAAAGGUCUUUUGCAAUAUGGAAAUUGCUGGAGGAGGAUGGACAGUUAUACAACACCGAGAAGAUGGAAGUCUGGAUUUUCAGAAAAGCUGGAAAGAAUACAAAAUGGGUUUUGGUAGCCCUUCAGGUGAACAUUGGCUGGGAAAUGAAUUUAUCUUUGCAAUAACGAGUCAGAGGCAAUAUUCUCUAAGAAUUGAAUUAAUGGACUGGGAAGGAAACCGGGCAUAUUCACAAUAUGACAGAUUUCACAUAGGAAAUGAAAAACAGAAUUACAGGCUUUAUUUAAAAGGCCACAGUGGAACUGCUGGAAAACAGAGCAGCCUGAUCUUGCAUGGUGCUGAAUUCAGUACAAAAGAUGCUGACAACGACAACUGCAUGUGUAAAUGUGCUCUCAUGUUGACUGGAGGGUGGUGGUUUGAUGCCUGUGGCCCCUCCAAUCUCAACGGGAUGUUCUACACAGCCGGACAAAACCACGGGAAGCUGAAUGGCAUCAAAUGGCAUUACUUCAAAGGCCCCAGCUACUCCCUGCGCUCCACCACCAUGAUGAUCCGGCCUUUGGACUUCUAAAGGAAUUCCAGAGUGGAUCCCACAGAAGCCAGGCUGGCACUGCCCUCAGCAGCAACACUGUCACAGUCUGAAGGUAAAGGUGAAGGGCUCCUUGAAAGCAACACACAGGGAUGAUGCAAAGCCGCUUCGCCAUCACUCCACAACCUGCAAACACUUCCCAACACUCACCCCAUAUUUUGAUCACUGCAGUGGUUUUCAUUACUGCUUGGUUUAGAAGAAGGUGGCUGAAAUGAUUUUCCAAAGAACUGGACUUGGCUAUUCUGCCCAAACUUGGUGCUUGGCAGUGGAUGUCUUUUUUUUAUUAUUUUUCCUAUUUCAACAACAGGAUCAGAAUUUGAAGAACUGAAGCCUAUUAACCAUGCUCUAAUGAGUAGAGUUAUGCAGCACUGAAAUGCCAACAUUUUACCCAUGAAAAAGGAUUACAAGACACUUUUAUUAAAACUUGUCUUAAAGCAUCCAAGGUGACCACUCCAAAUACUGUUUUUCUUAAAUGAACUGAAUUUGAAUAGUGGAUGGAUUUAUGUUAAUCCCAGAGUCAAAUUAUUUGUACAAAUAUUAUUUUUCAUUAAAUACUUUAAGGAUGGAUUUCUAAUAAACUGAGUCAAACAUAUGAAUAAUGAUAAGGGUAAUAAGCAUAAAUUCCUCAGUUGCUCUGUAGAGGUAAAUCAGGUAAUUGGCAUAAUCCCUGAGCUAGGAUUUAUAGUGUGAUAACAAAAGUAGCUGUGUUUUUAGGUUUUUCUUUUCUUUCAUUAAAGGCAGUCUGAAUGUCAUGUAGAAUAAUUAAUGGAAGGUUUAAAGAAUGUGAAAUAUUAUCCAAGAGAAAAUACGGGAUUUUGCAUGGAAUUUUUCCAUCAAAAAAACACAAGAAGGCAAACUGUUAAGAUAUUCAAAAAUUACAUAAAUGCAUAGCUUAAAGCAAUGGAUUAAUUUUACAGUAUCCUUGCAUGUGCGCAAUUUAUCCUUAAUUAUUUCACUUUUUUAUUACAUUUUUGUGAAUAUCAGAAGCAUGCCAGUUCUACACAGUGCUUAGGCUACAACUAUUAAAAAUGCUCAUCAGAAUUGUACAUAAAAUAAAAAAUUGUGAACUUGUAAAUAUCAUGUUUAUAUUUCCUGCAACAGUCACUUAUUUUGUAUAGGCAACCCUGAACCCACAUAAAGGGUGAAAAGCCUCAAAUAGGUAUAAAUAUUAACUUUAGAUGACUGCUUACAGGUUGCUAACAAGUAGUUUCAUUCUGUUAAAAUGCUGAAGUGUGGGACUGUUGGAAAAGAUAAAAGUCUUCUAAUAACAAGCAAUAAACUAACGGGUGGCCUAUGAGGGUAUAGAGACAACUCUUUCCAUUUACAGCCCUUUUGAUGAAGUCAUAAGAAUAAAGUCCAUUAGGGAAAGUAAUUUUCAAUCAUUCUAUUUCUGCUAGAAAUAAAAUGAAAAAGUUUACCCUGCUCCCACCAAAAUCAAAAGUAAUACUCUCCUCAAUUAAAUUGGGACCAACAUGGCACACAGAGUCUGCAGGUAGUCAGAAGUUUGUUCAUCUCCUUGUUGCUUUGUUCCAUUUUUUGAACUGUUCCUGAGAUGAGGUAUAACGAUGAUCUGAUUUUUUCUAAAGGGUAAUAACUUUAACUUUUUUUCCCCUUACCUUUUAUUUUUUUUUUCAUUUAGCAGUUUAUUUCUAUGGAAUAAAGAAAAAUGACUUGGAUAUUUUUAAACACCUCUUCCUAAGGAUCAAAAGGCUAUAGUACCACUGUUCUCUGUUUUGUUAUAAUUUGAUGUUUGCUACAUUUUCAGUGGGAAGAUUUUUUGUGUGUGUGUAGUUGUAUAUAUUUAUAUAUAUAUUUGAAAUAAUCUUGACUAAGUGUUAAUUUGAAGUUUUCUGCUGAAUAAGUUACCCAACUACUCUUUAUGCAGCACUUUCUUCACAGACAUAUUUUGUCCCAGUUUUCAGCAGGUUUUUUUUUUUUUUAAUGGUCUUCAUUAAUGUGCAAAAUAUGCAGUCUGUGUUCCACCAUAUUCUCAAAAGGUAGAGUUUUGCAGGUCUCCAAGUUAAGAAUGCUGGUUUUGCAGAUCCUAUUGCAAGAGGCAAAACACAUUUAAAAUUAAAAGCAUGAUAUUUACUGUUUAUUUAUCUGGGUUUGAAAAAAAUGUGGAUUUGGUUUCCUGUCCUUUAUAAUAAAAUGUUUUAAAAUUUUGCAGUCUGUAAUUUGCUUUGCUGUAUGUAUAGCUUUCUGUGACAGGCUGAUAACAUUUCAAAAGUCCCUAUCUCUCCAUGUAAGAAAUAGUAAUAAGCUUAGAGUAUAGGAAGGAGGAACUAAUUCAAGUUUAUCCAGUAAUUACUAUUUCUAACCUUUCAUAUACAUACUUCAGUAUUUUUUAAUUAAUUUCCUUGAUUAAAAUCAUGGGAUGGGACUCUAUUUCUUAUUUCUGGUUCAAAUCAUAGAACUCUCUAUCAAUCUUUCAAAUUCAAGAUUUCUUUAAUUCAACAGGUAAAGAUACAAAUUGAAGUGUGAUGUUUUCCAUGUCUUAUGAUGUGCUCUAUCAUCUGCUCAGUCAAAUUGUGUGUCAGUGACAAAUCGCUGGAAUUCAGAAAUUCCUUCUGCUCUAUUUCUAUGCCUUUAAACACUACAGUGAUCAGCUUUAACAUUUCUUUGUAGUCAAUUUUUCCUCAUUUUCUCAGGAUUUUUUUCUUAAUUGACUUGUUAUAUUCCUUUGGGGAAACACAGCUUUUCAAACCAACACUAAAGGUACAAGGAACUUCAUACAUAAAACCACAUUUUGCUCCUUAAGUUGAAUCAAUGUACUGCAUGAAUUGAAGACUUGCAAUUCCUAAACACACUGGGUUUGGAGUUGAUUUAUAUUAAAAUUCUACUUGCCCUGACAGAUAAUAAAAGAAGUUAUUGGUCAGUGGUAAUAGUAACUUUGCUAUUUACCCUUCACGUAUAAUUUCUUCCUGAUUUAUAAAACAAGAAUACACAAAAAUUUUACAAAGCAAUAAAUGUGUUUUCCACAGCAUAUUGAUCCUUAACUUUUAAUAUCUUUUGAGGCUGGAGAUGUCAUUUAAAUAUAUACUUUGCUAAGUGCCUUAGCAUCCAGUACUGACCUAUUAAGUAGGUAAAUCAUCCUCAUUUAUAGUCAUUUGUACAACUGUGUCCCAAGACAAAAUUCUUUAAAAAAUCCUUCCAGCUAUAAAAACAACUUUCUUCUCUGCAGACUUGAAGCUCAAACCACAGCUCUGACCAUGCCUCAAAUAAUCUCGUUUGGGAUUGGCACGGUUUCCCUUCUCCUCUGGGAAGAACAAAACUGAAAUAGCAAUCACAACAAGAGCUUAAUUCUCUAGGUAGGAUCAAGCGUAAUUUACAACCAGACUGUGCUGCAGUUGUGCCAAAAAGCAUUCCUACCUAGCAGCUUUUACAUGAGCUGGACAGCCUGAGGAGAGAGGCAGUAACCCUGAGUACAGCUGCUGCUGCUGCUGUCUGACCCAGCUGGGGUGUGCACACAGACCCAGCACACGCAAAUCCAUGCAUCCUGAGAAAGCACUGCAGACAAUUCAAAUGAUCUCGCCUAAACUUUAACUAAAGGGGCUGUACUCUCAGGUAAAAAAAAAAAAAAAAAAAAAUUAAAAAUUUAAAA